AUGCCACCGAAGUUUGAUCCUAACGAAGUUAAGAUUGUUUAUCUCAGAUGUGUUGGUGGCGAAGUAGGUGCCACCUCAGCUUUGGCCCCGAAAGUCGGUCCUCUAGGUUUGUCGCCCAAGAAAAUUGGUGAUGAUAUUGCGAAGGCCACAGCUGACUGGAAGGGUCUGAAGGUUACUUGUAAAUUGACGAUCCAAAAUCGUGUUGCAAAGAUUGACGUAGUCCCCUCUGCAGCAUCUCUGCUCAUCAAGGAACUAAAAGAACCACCACGGGAUAGGAAAAAAGUCAAGAAUGUGAAACAUUCCGGAAAUUUGACGUUGGAGCAGAUAAUUAAUGUUGCAAGGCAAAUGCGGUCUAGGUCGAUGGCCAAAAAGCUUGAAGGAACUGUUAAAGAAAUUCUUGGUACUGCUCAAUCAGUGGGAUGUACGAUAAACGGGCAACACCCUCAUGAUAUUGUUGAUCAAAUCAGAAGUGGGGAAAUUAAUAUCCCAGAAGAAUGA